AUGUCGGCCGCGAGUCUUUUCAUUGUAUUCGUCGCUUGUCUAGGUCAAAUAACGUGCGCUGACCUCGAUACUAAAUUGAAGAGAUGUCCAGACGACCAUUUCCAGAAUCCGGGAUAUUCGCCGGGCUGCACUUACACCUGCAAGAAUGGGGAUUCUGAAGAUAAAACAGAAUAUUGGGGUACUUAUACAGAUGCUACCCCGUGCGUUGCUCCUACAAAUGAUAACAGUACAGAGUUCACACACAUUGGGACUUGCAAAAACGGAAAAUGCGUUCAAUACGGUGAAGAUAAUAUUCAACAAGUAUGGAGCCAACUUCCUGAGCUGCAAGGCCAGUUUCAUAAUUGCGACACCAUUUCAAGCAACGAUACUGUGGAAAACUGCCUGUAUAUUUGCAAGACAGAUGGCUACGGAUAUUCCUACGGAGUUUACCAGGAUCGCAGCACAUGCAAAUUAAAAAAAGGCGGGCUCGGCAUCUGCUUGAGUGGAUUUUGCCACGGAAGAGAAUACUUUCCGACAAUUGAUAACGAUUCCCUGAAACCUCAGUAA